AUGUACGGAACCAUCGGAAGUGAACGAUCGCAGGUGACGGAAGAAGACUCUAUUCUGUCUGUGAUGGCCGGCAAUUACGGCAAACCUGCCAGCCACGGGAAGGGUGCACCGGGCUCUUCGAGAGAUUACGAUCAGGAAAUGACCUACAACAGCCAUGGCUCGGGAAGCUACUCGCGAGGGGCGUCACGUGGGUUCAACACCACGGGCUACUAUUCUGCACCCUACGGAAGCAGCGGCAAUAGCAUUGGCUUCGACCGGUCCAAGGAGAUCUCUCUGCAAUCGUUUUCAUACGGAGGACAGACACAAACCCAGUUUUCCACCACGCCUGUUCACCCCCCUCAUCUGCAGUCAGCCAGCGUGUCGUGGAAACAAUCGCUGGAGAUUGAGACACUACAGAAGGAGGUGGCUCGUCUGACCCAGUUGCUGGCCAAACAAAGCGUCUCCACCGUCCAUAGAGUGGAGCCUUCGGUGGAGAAGGUGUUCAGAGACAUGGGCGAGCUGGUCAAGGCCAAGGAAGACGAGAUUAGCCGCCUCAACACUACCAUUGAGUCUCUCAUGGCCCGUGACGGACACGAAGAGGCCGCUGCCUUCAGAGUCUACUCCAAACUACAGUCUCUGGUGGACGAGAACAAACGUCUGGGGAAAAUGCUGGGGUCUGGACGAAGCGUUCAGCACGAGAUCGAGCUCGGCAUUCUUCGUGUGGAGAACGAGGAGCUGAAGCGCAAGUUGAACAGAAACAAGGAGCAUAAGGAGCAAAACAAGGAACAAGAGGGAGCUACUACUACUUCAUCUUAG